AAGACUACGUGCAUCGGUGAUUGUAUUGUGCACCAAGGGUUUAAAAAUGGGGAAAACGAAAAACUUCGUAGCACAACUGAAGAAACAAGCACGGAAAGCACGCUGGGAGUUAAAAUAUGAAGACGAGUGCUCUGAGGAACCUGAGCCCAAUAAAAGAUUCUUCACGAGGGCUGUGGUCAAUGGUCAAUCCUUUCCCUUUUGUGUGGGAAAUAACCCAAUGGAAGCCAAGCAGAAUGCAGCUAAAAGUGCCCUGAGAGGUUUGAGAGAGAAGGAGAAUCCCAAACCAGUGACAGAAAAAGCUGCAAAAGUUCCUCAGAAAACGGCCACUAAAGUUUUAGGCGUGCUAAAUGAAAAUGUUCCGAAGGACAGGGUGAAUAUAAAAGCUGGGCAAUCAACCAGACGGGAACCACAUGAUGCUCCCCAAUGCUCUAGCUUUGUGGUUGGUGAUAAGGGGCAUCCAGCUGUUCCAGGAAAACCAAUGAAGGAAGCUAAGGAGGAAGCAGCCAAGUUGGAAAGAUAUGCAACCUUUUUCAGUAGAACUACAGAGACCUCCUCCGGGAAUGAUGACGUUGCUGCAGCCAGACCACCAACUACACUGGCCUCCUGUGAUGCAAAAUCAAAAGGCGUGCCAAUGACUGACUUCACCAAUUCAUCAAGACCUACCGAGGAUGAGGAACAAGAUCCUGUUGUGAGGCCCAAAACACGUUCUAAAUCAGAGAAUCAGGAAGUGAAAACAGGAAACUGUCCCAAUGAUAAGACAUCAACCAAAUCAGAAAUGUCAAGGUUUACAUCAGACUUUGACUGCAUAGAGAAUAUGGGCGAAGGAACCUAUGGUCAAGUUUUUAAGGCAAUAGAAAAACUGACUGGGAAGAAUCAUGCAAUAAAGAUUGUACAAUGUGGAGAUAUUGAAAAAGCUCUGCCAGAGGUGAAGACAUUGAUAAAACUCCUUCACGAGAACAUUGUGCGAUACUUCACCUGUUGGUUGGAGGAUUCAGGAUACAGUCCAGAUGAGAGUGGCAGCUCUACACAGCGUUCUAUCAAUCCAUCGAUAAGGUACCUAUAUAUUCAGCUGGAGUUGUGUGAUUACACACUCAGAGUGUGGAUAGACGAGAAGAAUGAAGAGAAAUCUCUGCGAGACUCCAAGAGAAGAGAAGAGGCUCUAACUAAGUUUCAGCAAAUAGUCAGAGGAGUCGAGUACAUUCACUCUAAGAUGCUCAUCCACAGGGACCUGAAGCCUGCCAACAUCAUGAUUGGGCAAGAUGGACAAGUGAAAAUCGUAGACUUUGGUAUGGUCACAUAUGACAACGAUGCUGAGAACCUGAGGGAGAGAUUGUACAAAGGAACCCGUUCAUACAUGGCUCCUGAGCAGAAAAGGCAAAAGACUUAUGACCGAAAAGUUGAUAUCUUUCCUUUGGGGUUGAUAUACUUUGAACUCCUCUGGAAAAUGCCCACGGGUCAUGAAAGGGCCGUGGUUCUGACCGACCUCAGAGAGCAGACAUUUCCCAAAGAGUUUCAACACAAUUUCUACCAAGAGUACUUAGUAAUAAAGCCAAUGCUGUGUGAGAAGCCAGAACAGCGACCUGAAGCAAGUCAGCUCAACGCCGUCUUGAAAAAGAUCUCCGAUAGCUUCGACAUUGAAGAAAUGCAACGUCGCGGAAGCAGGAGUAUCUGAUCCUAUGAUCCUGUUGCCACACUGCCUCCCUAACUUCCAGAAUGACACCCCCCCCCCCCCCCCCCCCC